AUGGAAGCCAAACGACACUCAAAGAAAACAACUGGCCAUCGACGCCAAGGACAGACUCUAGCUAGCAUUAUCGAAUAUCCAGUGGCAUGCUGUGGGCUUUGGGACGCAGACGAAUACACCUGCAUACUACACCCACGCGACCCGCCGCUCGAAUGGCACGUCGACCAAUUCGUCAAAGCCCGUGAAGGCUUUAAGCGAGCAUACCGAGUCAGCCUCUUCGUCACGAGGAAGCGCCACGAUCUUGAGAUCAAAAACCUCCAUGAGAGCCGCCGUCACAAGCUGCGUCUACGAGACCUACCACAGAGCAAGGACUACCCACAUUGCGAAAUUCGUAGCAGAGAACAACAGAAACGACUGCUAGGUAAAACAUGCGCAGUGCACAAACUGAAUUACAAGUGCAAGAUACCAUGGCAAGUGCGCAAGGCAUGCUUUGUCUGCCAGCUUCACCGCAUGGAGCGCCAGCAUGCCAAGGAAAACCAACGACUCUACACCGAGUACCACGACAACGUGCUCGAGGCCUGCAUGAAAUGCAACUAUAACGUCGGAGGCUGGGAGUGCAUCGAGUGGCAGCCGCCAGCGAGGGAGCCAGCAGAGUACUGGGCCGAGAACACCACGAGGGCACACCGUGUCCUCCACGUCACCUCCUGGUCCGAGAACCUGCAAGGCCGUCUGCGUAAUGAGAGUCGGACCUGCAGGAAGAAGGCUUUACUUGCUGAAGAGAGAAAGAUUGAAGUAUGGAAGAGACUGGGGUGGUCUGAGAACAGCUUGAACGGAAGAUGGGGUCAAUACAGUAUUUCGGAGUCACAUUAA